CGUUCAAACAGUAGGGAGCAGAAUGUGAUCCACUGACCUCCCACGACUUGGUCAUCUUUUGCAAGAAAUCGUCGUCGAGUUGCGUUGAUUGGCCUCCUGUUAUAUUUCUUCGUUCAAACUAUUAUUCUUUCCACUAACUCUCGAUCUCAGUCCAAACGCGAAACUGGGCUGGCGGGUGGGUAUACGUAGCGGAUGAGGAAACUGACAAUAAUGGAUAGGGGGCUUUUGUUCCCCCUUAAAGAAAAGAAGAUUCAACGGUGUUACGAUACCAUCAGCAAGAUGCAGGUGCUACUGUCCGUCUCUUCCGCCACUGCCGGGCGUGCACCGUUGAAUUGCACUUCCUGCGAUUACACGGCCAACAGGAGCAGUCAGGAUAGAACAGCAGCAUGGUGGCAUCGUCCCACGACUUCUACCUCAUCCGGGAUUGUUCCAACGGAGAAUUUGUUUCAUCUCAAUGUUCUCGGUUCGUGGAUAUAUUGCCUGUUUCGCGAGCCCGUGUUUGCAUUCAGCCAACAAUGUUGGGGCCCGAAGAGAGUAUCCGCUUCACCUUGGCUGGCGGGUCGAGUGACAGUACGGAGCACGGAUACUACGGAUAGUUGUUCGAUUCCCGGGGGCCGAGGCUUUCCGCACCUUCCCGGAGGGGUUCUACCAUGGGCUUCAAGCCUACGGAAACAAGAAAUAGGUAGUUAAGUUCCGAAAAGCAGUACAUGUAUCCGUACUCCGUACAUAUCGCACCAUGCAGCUUCACACGGUAGUUACGGACACAGCAUACCAGCACUGAACGGAUAAGGUAGCCCUAUCUACCUAGUCUAAGAGUGCUUUUCAUUUUCCACCUCUUGCU